AUGUUGCUUCCGCGAGCUUCCCUUGGCCGGAAUGCCGUGCGCGUCUGGCGCAAUGGCUCCUAUAAACAGGUCGCCCAGCGAGGCAUGGCAUCGCACGCUGGCCUUGAGUUUGAGGCGAGCGAGGCCGCUGGCGUGAAGAUUGCCAGCAGGGAGGUGUCAGGACCAACUACCACGCUCACCGUCGUUGCAAAGGCCGGUUCCAGAUACGAGCCAUUGCCUGGCUACUCCGAGGUCUUGGAGAAAUUUGCAUUCAAGUCCACCCUCAAGCGUUCCGCUCUACGAAUCACCCGUGAGAACGAACUGCUCGGAGGACAGCUCUCCUGCUACCGAUCAAGAGAGAAUCUCGUUCUCUCUGCCCGCUUCCUCAACAACGACCUCCCAUACUACGCCGAACUGUUGGGAGAAGUUGUCUCGCAGACCAAGUAUUGCACCAACGAACUCAACGAGCUGGUCUUCAACCUCGUUAAAUUCUCCCAGAACGCCAUUGCCGCAUCUCCAUCUGCCCAGGCUCUCGAUGCUGCACACACCCUUGCAUUCCACCAGGGACUCGGAAACCCACUCACCAUCCCAGCCUCUGCCCCAUUGAAGAAGUAUGUCUCUGCUGAGGGCGUCGCCGAUUUUGCCCAAGGUGUCUACACCAAGCCAUCCAUCGCCGUUGUCUCCAGCGGCUCCAACUCGGCCGAGCUAUCCAAGUGGAUUGGCCAGUUCUUCACCGAGCUUCCCACCACCACCGCUUCCGGCAAGUUCGCCCCCGCUACCAGCCAACAGACCAAAUACUAUGGAGGAGAGCAGCGAAUCUCCAGCCAGGCCGGAAACGCCGUUGUCAUUGCCUUCCCCGGUUCCAGCGCCUACGGCACCUCUGGAUACAAGCCGGAGCUCGCCGUUCUUGCUACCCUCUUAGGCGGAGAGUCCAGCAUAAAAUGGUCUACCGGAUCCUCCAUCCUCGCCAAGGCCACCGAGGCAUUCCCUGCCUAUACCGAUGCUGGAUUGUUCCACAUCACCGUCUCUGGCCAAACUGCUGACCGUGUCUCCCAGGCCGCCAAGGCUGUCGUUGAGGCCCUGAACAAUGUCGCUGCUGGCAACGUUGCCGCCGAGGAUGUCAAGAAGGCCAUUGCUCUCGCUAGAUUCCGUGUCCUCGACGUCGGAUCUAGCUUGACUGCUGGAAGUGAGGCUACUGGCUCUGCCCUCAUCCAUGGUGGCAAGUCAUUCAGCAUUGCUGCCAACGCCCAAGAUCUUGAGAAGGUCACCGAAGCUCAGGUCAAGGCUGCUGCUAAAUCCCUCCUAAGCAACAAAGCUUCCGUCGCAAUCGUCGGCGAGCUGUUCACUCUUCCAUACGCCUCUGACCUCGGUCUUACCGUGUAA